AGAACAGCCCGUGGUUCAGGCAGAGCAACGUGUGCAGCAUCCCCAAACCAGCGCAUGCGUGCUAUCACGCUCGCUCUUCGCCAGGCGCCCGCUACUGCCUGGUGUCCUACCGCCUAGUGUCCGCUACCCGCUGGCACCGCGCGGGCCACCUUAUCUCAGGGUCCGCCCUGCGCACAAUCCCCCGCCACUAACGCCUCACCUAGUUCCUGCCAAGAAUCUCUAUUCUGAAAUUUCACAAGGUGUGACCAGAUGGUAUCACCACUUAUAUAUGUUAUAAUUUUAUUUUUGAACAUGGAAUUUUCAUCAGGAAUAGGAGAUAAUAAAGGUGUUAUGAAGAAACAUUUUGUUUGUUCUAGCCAGGGGCUCCCCCAAACUGAUGAAACAAUGAAGUUGUAUCUUUCCUCAGAAAAUUUGAAAAUCCAAUGCUUUUUCCAAAUGGAGGAUGACCUUGUUUCCAGAGAAAUGCUAAGUACAUUCACAUCUGGAGGACUUGCUCCUACCUUGGAAAUCAUAAAUAGUACAUAUCAUGGCAUCUUCCACUUUAAUUUAACAUUGUUUAGUGAUCAGAUUUUCUGGUUAAUUGAUAUUCCAAGAGGAAACAUCACAAGCAACACAGAUAUUGCUUCUGUAGAAGAGUGGUUAGUAAAGAUCACUUUACAUCAAGGAUUAAAUAUUUAUGCUACUGAAGGAACUCUUCUGGAUAUUGUUCGAGAACCUAUUCUUCAAUGGAACCUUGGAGAUGAAAUGUCAUUAAAAGAGAUCAGUGAGUUAUAUCCACAUGUGAUAGAACUCCGAAUUACAAAGUGCCCCUGUGCCAAUGAUGUAGCAUUACUUGGCUUCGUUUUGAAUCCAACAUAUAAUGGUGUUUACAUAGGUCUAACCAAGUCUGGAUUUUGGCAUUAUAAUGAUACACUGUGGUAUAACAUGACAAAUAUCAUCUAUUCAAACCUUCGAAGAGAAUACACGGGACUAUCAGUGACGGAUAUGGUUUUAACAAAUCAUUUUUUAGUUCUCCUCACCUCUUUGGGUCUUUUUAUAAGUGGAGAUCUUCGUUAUCCAACAGCCAAAGACUUAAAACUUUCCAGGGCAGAAUUUUGUGGUUUUGAAAGGAUUGAUUAUAUCAAAGGAAAAUUAUGGUCUAACCAAAGAUGUUUUGCUAACAGAGAACACUUUGAAGUUGAUUAUGUUACUAUCACCUUUGACAGAAACAAGACCCUAAGUGAGGCAAGCUCUUGUUUUUAUAGUAAAGAACCAUUUCUUGAAUGGUUACCUUGCUUACCUCAUGUUGUCGAUGAUGCAAAAGAUACAUUUCCAAGUGAAGUAACAUUCCUUAUUGACCAAGAGCAUGAUACAGGAGUUUACCUUUUCUUUGACCAGCGCAAGAAAACUGUCACUGCCUCUGUGAACAUCUUGAAAGAUAACCAACCAAAUGUCACACCAAAAUUCCCACUGUUCCAUUUUCCUUCCUCCUUCUCUAAACCUACUGGAAUGGUGUUCCAUCCCCGAAGCCACUUUCUCUAUGCUUAUGGAAAUCAGGUAUGGCUUUCCAUGGAUGGCGGCAACAAUUUUAAAUUAAUAGGUGACUUUCAUGAUGAUAUAAUAAGGAGGACUUAUCAUUGUUUUUAUACUUCAGAUAUUACUCUUAUUUCCCAAAGUGGAAAGGUUUACUUGACGAAGGCAGGACUAGAGACAUAUAGUGAAAUUGGAAUUGUUACUGAUCAAGUUUUCACAUUAUACUAUGAUCACUUAGGAUUCAUACAUAAACUGACUCCAGAUCACUUUGAAUCCUCUGAAAACUCUAGAAUGUUUGGAAAGGUUCCUGAUAUGGGCUUUGAAACUGCCCUUGCUUUGCAGUAUAUCUCCCCUGAUGAGGUGAUCUUUUUUGCAUAUGUACCUCCAAAUGAACCUCAGAGAACUGUACACACCAAGAAGUUCAAUAAUAUACACUUUGGAAAACUGAUACACUCCAGUAAAACUGGAACAGCAUACAUCAGAAAGAUAUUGCAACAUGAAACUCCUAGAGAAUUUUUAUCCUCAAUUAUUGCAGAAAUUAUACAGCCUUUUGGAGUAGAAGAAGUGAAGGACAGCUCUUGUUUGUCAAGUUCUCUUUCCAUUAUUGAAGAAACUAGAAAGCCCUCCUAUAAACUUACUCUUGAUUUACAAACUGUUAAUGCCUUGUUUCAAGCUACAGAUAUAGAGAAAACUGUGGUGAUUCCUGGUUACAGCAGCUUCUUGAUCACAGAAAUUCUAGAUGAUAAGAAUGCUUUAGCUAUUGCUACUAUGCCAGCAAUAGCACCCAACAAUGUAACCUUUUCAAAGGGCAACUGGUUCUUAUACAACUUUGGGCAAAGGAAUGGACGAACAUGGAACAUAUACUCAAAACCAUGUCAUUAUUUGCUUCAACAACUUGAUAAUUCACCAACUCUGAAUGCUGUGAAAUACAUUGAUCUGGGAAGCUCUCAGACUUUAGAAGUUAAGGUCAUAUCUAAUAAAAAAGGACAAGAGCCCAGAAACAAAAAAAUGGCUACAUCGUUGGCGCCCAACGUGGGACUCACUUCUCUAUGGAGAGGUCUCAAAGCACGUCAAGUCCCAACUCUGAAAGUAUUGGUUGGAAACCCAGAGUUGCUGGAAGUUAAAGUCGAAGGCUCUUUUGAUUAUGCUGAUAAUUAUCUAAUGAAGAUUUCUGUUACUAGCAAAUCUUUUCGUCAAGGUUCCACUUCACUAGCAUUGAUUAUCUGGGGAGCAUCCAAUGAGUGCUUUGUGACAACGCUGGUGCCAACUUUGAAAAGCAGCUGUAGCUAUCUCACAUCUAUGCAUCAUGUUCCUAGGCAACGUAUUCCGUACGAAGACUGGAUUAGUGGAGUUCACAAAGACAGUCAGGGUUUUAAUCUGAUCAAAACUUUGCCGGUAAAUUACAGGCCUCCAUCUAUUAUGGGAAUUGCUAUUCCACUCACAGAUAAUUUUUAUCAUGCAGAUCCUAGUAAGCCCAUACCAAGAAAUCUAUUCUACAGGUCAAAGGUUCCUCGUUUUAAGUUUCCGGUUAUACAAUAUCCGAUUUCAUUGGAAAUGUUCAGUGACAAUAAACUUGUUCCAGUGAAACCUCCAUAUUUGGUUACUGUAACUGAAGUGAACAUGAGGAAAAACUGGCAGCUAAAACACACUAUACCAGAAAAUAUGAAAAAAAUAAAAAAUUACUUAGAACCAAUUCUUCGUACUUCAGUGUAUAAUCCCUCAGGUCUCAAUUUAAGUAUAAAGGGCUCUGAGCUUUUUCACUUCAGAGUGUCCAUCAUUCCAGGGGUCACUUUUUGUAACUUAGUUGAAGAAUUUCAGAUAUAUGUUGACGAAGUACCACUGCCAUUUCUAGGACAUACACUUAUUGCUGUUGCAGCAGCCUUCCUGCUAGGGGGAUUAAUUUUUACAGCAUUUAUGCUUCGACUGUAUAAUAUCCACCCAUGGAGGGCAUUGCAGAGAUGGAUUAGAAGAAAAAAAUCGAAUGUAUCAAAUACCCCUCUCACUUAGCUGGCUUACAGAUGAAAGUCUGGAUAGUGAAUAAAUGAUAACCCAAAAUUCUC